GAGGAGGAGGAGGAGGAGACAGACAGUCGUGCUGCUACUGUAGCUGCUGGAGCUGCUUCUCCUCUUCGAAACACAUACUACUUGAACGGAGGGAACCUGCGACGCAAGCCGCCGCCGCCGCUGCUGCAGCUUAGCUGAGCCCCGGCAUCCGUCUGCUGCGGGAGUUUAGCGCGCUAAGCUAACAGCCAGCAGACUGAAGGAAGAAGAGACUGUAUAGUUUUGGACGCCGGGCUAAAACAAGAAGACUGUGGCGAUUUGAUUCAGUCUUUAAAAUGUCUAUAUUACCGUUCACUCCUCCUAUAGUGAAGAGGCUCCUUGGCUGGAAGAAAGGGGAGCAGAACGGACAGGAGGAGAAAUGGUGCGAAAAGGCUGUGAAAAGUCUCGUGAAGAAGUUGAAAAAGACGGGACAACUGGAGGAGUUGGAGAAAGCCAUCACGACACAGAAUGUCAACACAAAAUGCAUAACUAUUCCCAGAUCUUUAGAUGGGCGUCUCCAGGUUUCCACUAGGAAAGGUCUCCCUCAUGUGAUCUACUGCCGCUUGUGGUGCUGGCCAGAUCUACAGUCCCACCAUGAGUUGAGAGCAGUCGACCACUGUGACUUUGCUUUCCAUACCAAGAAGGAUGAAGUCUGUGUCAACCCCUACCACUACCAGAGAGUGGAGACGCCAAUUUUGCCACCUGUCCUAGUACCACGGCACACGGAUAUCCCUGCAGUGUUCCCACCAUUGGAUGACUACAGCCCAUCUAUUCCUGAGAACACAAACUUCCCCGCUGGCAUUGAGCCUCAGAGUAAUUAUAUUCCUGAAACUCCCCCACCAGGGUAUCUGAGUGAGGAUGGUGAGACUAAUGAUCACCAGGGCAACCACAGCAUGGACACCAGUUCACCCAGCCUGUCGCCCAAUCCCGUGUCACCUGCAAACAGUAAUCUCGGCUUACAACCUGUGACGUACUGUGAAUCUGCCUUCUGGUGCUCAAUCUCCUACUAUGAACUGAACCAACGCGUUGGAGAGACCUUCCAUGCCUCCCAGCCCUCCCUCACUGUAGAUGGGUUCACAGACCCUUCCAACUCUGAGCGCUUCUGUCUGGGCUUGCUGUCCAAUGUCAACCGCAACUCAGCCGUAGAGCUCACACGCAGACAUAUAGGACGGGGCGUCCGGUUGUACUACAUUGGGGGCGAAGUGUUUGCAGAGUGUCUCAGUGACAGUGCCAUCUUUGUCCAAAGUCCCAACUGCAAUCAGCGCUACGGCUGGCAUCCUGCCACUGUCUGCAAAAUUCCCCCAGGCUGCAACUUGAAGAUCUUCAACAACCAGGAGUUUGCUGCUCUGCUUGCCCAGUCAGUCAACCAGGGCUUUGAGGCCGUCUAUCAGCUCACUAGGAUGUGUACCAUCCGCAUGAGUUUUGUCAAGGGAUGGGGAGCUGAGUAUAGACGUCAGACGGUGACCAGCACCCCCUGUUGGAUAGAGCUGCAUCUCAAUGGCCCUUUGCAAUGGCUGGACAAGGUCCUCACUCAGAUGGGCUCUCCCAGUAUCCACUGCUCCAGUGUGUCGUAGGAGCGGACCCUCGUCCCAGCCACACACUUAAAUACAAACCAUAUAGGAAAACUCAAUCAUCUGUCACUGAUCGUAAAGAAAGACACCAUCCUUCUUUUAACUCUCCUACCUUGCCUUUAACAUUUCACCUCACAUGUAUAGCACUUUCAUCAGAACCACGCAAGUGUUCCCCUUUUUGGACGUUCUUUUGUGCCCAUAUGUACAACAUCCAACCACAGGGUAAAUCAUAGCAGUUUCCAAAACAAGAACCAUAUUUUCUUCACAGUUCAUUCAUUUAGACAUCAUGUCUGUGCUUAGUGUUGUUAGUUUUUUUAUAAAGCUAUAAGAGCAGAUUGGACUGUUUGUCUGCCAAGUUUUACCUUGGCUAUCAGGUAUGUGUUUCAAAACAUUUGAUUCUAUGAAUUAUGAACAUCUACCAUCACUGGUAUGUCAUGGUCCCAGAAGCACUUUUUAUCAGCACUGAAUUGGGAGGUUUAUUUAUCGAAUGAACCACGCUUUGAUGGAAAACAUUAAUUAGUCAUUAUCUUUAGUGAUUAAAUAACGUAAUAUCAAGUACAAGGUACUUGCCCAUAUGAUUUAUCUGUAUUGAUGAAAGCAUCAAUUAUCUGACCAUUUAAUUGGUAUUUUAUCUAUUUUUAAACAAAAUAUAGACAUCAGCAGCAUUGUUUCUUGAGAAAAAUCCCUUGUAAGGAAACUAUUUUGCUCAAUGAAAGAGACAUUUUAUAAGUUAUUUUUGCAUACUGUCCUGCAUGGGAAUAUUUUUUUAUUAUUGCCUCAGUAUAAUUGUAUAUAAAUAUUUAUAGCUUGUGAUUUCUUGUCAUGCAUUGCUUGAAUCAGUGGACCUGACUGACUUCUGCCAUGAGCAGAUUUACAGAGACUUUUUCUUGAAUGACCCUAAAUAUGGCCUGCUUAAAUGCAGGCUUCUGUAACCCAGGUCAAAGGAUUUUUGGGUGUAAUACAUAGGAUUACAGCACCAGUGAUUAGUGGUAUUUCAUAUGAAGUACAUAUGAUAUACAGUACGGAUGUUUGUAGUGGACUGAUUGAAUUUAUCAACUGUGUGAUUUUGGUUUUGAAGGGUACGUGGUAGCAUUGACGGUGGUGAGGACAUGAAUUCAUACGACUAACUGUUGGUCAGUAGUUCACUAUGCUCUUUGUGGAUAAAUGAUGCACUUCACUGUAACUGUUGUUGAAUGGUUUAGUUCUUGUGGUAUUUUACUCGUCUUUUAAAUACUGUACAUUACAUGAACAUUGCAACAAUAUAAGGCAUGUGUAAUUAUGCUUGCUCUCGCUGGUCAUUCUCCUAGAAGCCACAAAGUUAAUCCUGCAUUUAUUUAGAAAGUACACAUGACUGAAUCACCAUGUUAUCUAUUUUAAACAUCACAUGGUGCUUAACUGAAACACUAUGGACUACAAUGCAUUAUGUAGUUGGUAGACCUGUAUCAGUACUUGUUCUCCAUGAAGUUCUCAGCUGACAGUUUUCUGUUAAUUCUUAUGUACGUGUUAAUUUAAUGUCGCUUAAUAUUUGUGUACCUUUAUCUGUGAACAAUGAAUAAACUAACUGGGAAUUAAAAGCCAAUUGCUUGUUAAUACCCAGUGGCUGGAAAAACCGUACAAUCUAGUAUCACUCUACUGUAAUAAAUCCAUAGUGAUAUAAAAGCAACCAUAACUGUU